UCAACAUUUUAGCUCUUUUGACCAGACCAGAGUCGAAAGACUAAGAGACUAAAAGAGAAAAGACAAGGGAGCAAAUAUUCUUCCGCCGAGGCAGCGCUUAAGGCUCCUGAAAGCGAGAUGUGAUGAUUUUGCUCGCCUGGGUGUACAUAAAAGCGAAUACUGCAUAUAUUCAAAUGAUGAUGAGCAGCAAAUUUUAGUUGCUUCAAAUGGAUUACGAAAGGAUCGAAAAGCCUCUGGGUGGAGGAUUUUCCCCUGGAAAACUGAGAAAUAUGCUUCUUGGAGUGGAAAAGAAAAGAAGGGAAGAAGAAGAAGAAGAGGUGGAUUCUGCUUACAACUUGAGAUCUCAAUCAUCUCAUCUGGAUGAAGCUGGUGGUAACAGUUCUGAUAAUUGCAAAGAUGUAGAUGUUGUCACUGUACUGCCUGAAUGCUCCACUUCAACCACAGCUGACUCCGUGAGUUCUCAGAUGGUUGCUGACCGUAGAUCAAAGGAUCACUCUCUUGUCAAUCCAAGGAUUAGGUCUCAGGAAGACUCAUAUUUAGAUUAUGAUAGCAGACAUGAUUCUGUGAGUGUGUCUUCCACAUCUUUUGAAUUUCAGAAGGCAGAGCGUGGUACACAAAAAGUGCACCUGGCUCCAUUUUCGAAGCCAGCACCAUCCAAAUGGGAUGAUGCCCAGAAAUGGAUCGCUAGCCCCACUUCAAGCUGGCCAAAGGUUGGGCAGUCUCAGGUGCAAGGCGGACAAGGCGUUGGUUCACGAAAGAUGGGUAAUGUUGCUUAUAUAAGCAGACAAUCUUCCACUAAGGUUGUUGUUGAAGUUCCAGAACAAAAGUCAGUUGCAUUUGAAGAACCAGAUACAAAAAGGGUUGAUAACAGUCAAGCUAAGAAGGAAAUCGGGAUGCAGAAAUUUGUUAGUUGGGAGGCUGAUCCACACCCGAUUGUGGAUGCAUAUGGCAAGCCUGUCCUCAUGAUUGAGAAUUCUGUCGAGGAAUCAGCAAUUAACUUUAGCCAGCACGAUUCAUCUAUAGCCAUGCAUAGUGCUACUGCAUUUAUCCCACCUCCUUCAACAGCUAGGUCUGUGUCAAUGAGAGAUAUGGGUACAGAAAUGACUCCUAUUACUAGCCAAGAGCCUUCCAGGAACGGAACUCCAGUGAGGGCAACAACUCCAAUCCGCAGUCCAAGUUCUUCAAUGCCAUCAACUCCUGGUAGAGCUGCACCAGCUUCAUCUCCAACAAAUGCUCCUAAUGAUCAUCUCCAUCUGAACAAGGAGUUGUCUGAAAAGGAAUUGCAAAUGAAAACUAGGAGAGAAAUAAUGGCAUUGGGGACACAGCUAGGUAAAAUGAACAUUGCUGCCUGGGCUAGCAAGGAGGAGGAGGAUAAAGAUGCAUCCACUUCUCUGAAAACUGUUCCAGUAGAACGACCAAUUAAAAAUAUGAUUGAAACGCGUGCAGCAGCAUGGGAGGAGGCAGAGAAAGCUAAGUAUAUGGCCAGGUUCAAACGUGAAGAAAUGAAAAUUCAAGCAUGGGAAAAUCAUCAAAAAGCAAAAACUGAGGCUGAGAUGAGGAAAAUUGAGAUGGAAGUUGAAAGGAUGAGGGGGCGGGCCCAGGAUAGGCUUAUGAACAAACUAGCAGCAGCAAGGCACAAGGCAGAAGAGAAGCGAGCAGCAGCAGAAGACAAGAGAAAUAGGCAAGCUGCAAAAACCGAGCAGCAAGCGGAAUAUAUUCGCACAACUGGUCGUAUCCCUUCCUCAUUUUCCUUCUGUGGUUGGUGCUUUUGAAACCUGCAACACUUGAUAUGAGCAGGCUGGUUACCUUGGCAGAUUGUUUUGGUUUCUAACCUGUCGUAUGUAUCCUAAACCUAUCCCUUGACUGUAAAAGUCUUUUGUAAUUAUCUGUAUACAUGUGAGCUUAUUUGUUUUCAUACUUUUUGUAUUUUAAAUACCACUCACUAUAAAAUUUCAAGCCCACAUUCAAAUGAUUGUUGGAAAAUAGAUUUAAUUUGUCUAA